CGGUGCGGCGCGAUCCGCGCUCCCCGACGGGGCGGCCGGCGGCGGGACGGAGCGGAGGGGAGCGGAGCGGUCCGGCGGCACCGCCACCCGCACUCGGGGUGCUCGUGUCUGAUCCCUGCCCGGCUUUUAGCAUGAUGUCGUACCUUAAACAGCCCCCUUAUGGCAUGAACGGGCUGGGGCUGACGGGCCCCGCCAUGGACCUGCUGCAUCCCUCCGUGGGGUACCCCGCCACCCCGCGGAAGCAGCGGCGAGAGCGCACCACCUUCACCCGCUCGCAGCUGGACGUGCUGGAGGCUCUCUUCGCCAAGACCCGGUACCCCGACAUCUUCAUGCGGGAGGAGGUCGCCCUCAAGAUCAACCUGCCUGAAUCCCGAGUCCAGGUCUGGUUCAAGAACCGCCGUGCCAAGUGCCGGCAGCAGCAGCAGAGCGGCAGCGGGGCCAAGAGCCGGCCGGCCAAGAAGAAGUCGUCGCCGGCUCGCGAGAGCUCGGGUUCAGAGAGCAGCGGGCAGUUCACGCCGCCGGCCGCGGCCUCCAGCUCAGCCUCCUCGUCCUCCUCCAGCUCUGCCUCGUCGGCCCCAGCCGGUGCCCCGGCAUCCCUCAGCACCCCGGCAUCGUCCAUCUGGAGCCCAGCGUCCAUCUCUCCCGGUGCGGCACCGGCAGGGGUGACGGUGCCCGAGCCCCUGCCACCAGCCGCCGCGUCCUGCAUGCAACGUGCCGGCCCCACCGCCGCCGCUGCCUCCACCAGCUACCCCGUGUCCUACGGCCAAGGCGGGGGGUACGGGCAGGGUUACCCCGCGCCGCCCUCCUCGUCCUAUUUUGGAGGCGUGGAUUGCAGCUCCUACCUGGCGCCCAUGCACUCCCACCACCAUCCCCACCAGCUCAGCCCCAUGGGGCCCUCCUCAGUGCCCGGCCACCACCACCACCACCCGCUGAGCCAGAGCUCGGGCCACCACCACCAUCAUCACCAUCACCACCACCAUCAGGGUUAUGGCAGCACCGGGCUGCCCUUCAACUCCUCCGACUGCCUGGACUACAAGGAGCCUGCCGCUGCCGCCGCUGCCUCCUGGAAGCUCAACUUCAACUCCCCCGACUGCCUCGACUACAAGGACCAGGCGUCCUGGCGCUUCCAGGUCUUGUGAGGGGCCGACCGCCAUCCCCCCCAAGCUGCCGUGGACCCCUCGCCCAGGGUCUUCCCACCACCGCCCGGGCAGGACUCUGGCUCCGGCUCUUCCUCCAUCUCCUCCUCUCCCCUCUUCAUUUGCAGUGGUGAUGCCCCGGGGUGGGGGUCCUGCACCCCCAUCUCUACUGACUGAUAUUUAUUUGCUUCCUGCGCCCCUCCAGCGGGUUUAUUAUAAUUAUUAUUUUUUUAAACGCGACAGAAGAGGAGUUUAAAAAAGAAUAAUAAUAAUAAUAAUAGUAAUAAUAAUGCAAAGCCGAGCGUCUCCCCUGCUGCCCCCCGGGCAGAGGCGCAGGCUGGCUCCUGCCCUGCCGGUGCCCCCCAGAUUCAAGUGGGGACCCUCACACCCUCCUUUGGGUGCGGGAGCCCCCGGCUCGCCGGUCCUGUACAGCCUCUUGCCGCUGGGAGCGGUGGGAUCGAUGUAAAUACUGGGUCCGUUCCAGUGACCCCGAUUGUUUUCAGUUGAUGCUGUCGGGCUGGCGUUUCUCUAGAGUCUAACAUGGAGCAGAACUUUAAAAAAAAAAAUCCUUUUUUUUUUUUUUAUCUUAAUUUUAAUUUUUUUCCCCUAAAAAUGAACCUUUCCCUAUCUCGUGUCCUCCGUCCACCCUCGAGGGCUCCGCGUGAGCUCGGCCGUGCCGUCCUGGGGCUGGGGUGCGUGUUGGGGCGGGCGGGGAGCAGCCCAAGGGGAGGCAAAGAGGGAGGGGAGGGCUGCCCAGCUG